AUACUAUAAUGCGAUUGGUCACAUUGCGCCAGACAAACAUAUAACGAUAACAGCUCGUAUACAUAGAUAGAUGGAGUACUAUUUCGCCGUACAAAUAAAUGACACGCAAUAGUGAAGAGCCAAUAAAAAACGAGGCGCAAAUACAUGAUUUUUUAUAUAUCGUGUGAUUAAACAUACAAACAUUAGCGAGUAAAUCAUAGUUAAUAAUCCCCGAGACGGAGCAGUGGCGCGGUGGCGUAUAAUAACAUGAAAAUUCGUAUGUUUUGAUGUGUCGAGUGUCGAAGCAUGAGCACGGCAUGACUCCCAUGCCCUGCGUACCUACGGAAGGGCGUGCGGUGCCGAUUACGUUUACUAUGAAUGAUUUUAUCUCUUUCUAAACUCGAGUGUCUGUGAAUGACCGAGUGUAACAGCGAGCGUACCAAAUUACGGAUCGGAUAGUGUUUAUUGUUGAUGUAUUUUGAUCAUUCGGUGAAGAUAAGAUUUUUGGUGGGUAAGUUUAUCGUCGGGUGCGGGUGUGGAGUGUGGAGUCGGAGGCGCGCGGCCCACGGAAUUUAUUGUCAUAUGGAAGCGCGCGGAGCGAUUCGUUCCGCACACGGCUCCCUCGCUACACGACGUAUUUACGCACUUUAUGGUGAAGAUACUGCGUAUAUUUAGUGAGAGCGCGCGCGUUCCGCCGUAUCCGUUCUCGUGUGACUUUCAUCAUCGGUUGUAAACAACUUCAAGGUUAUCCGUUGGCAUGUGGUAGUGCACUGUACGAUCGGGUUGUGGGAUGCGCGAGUGAUGUCUGGCUCGGGCGCGGGCGCGGGCGCCGUCGUGCGCCAGGGCCACCUGCGGAAACUGAAGACCAUGAAGAAGAAGUUUUUCGUGCUGCGCGCGGAAACCGAGGAAUGUUCAGCGCGGCUGGAGUACUAUGAGUCGGAGAAGAAGUUCAAGGCGGGCGCGGUGCCGCGGCGGGUGCUGCCGCUUAAGAGCUGCUUCAACAUUAUGCGGCGGCUGGACCUUAAGCAGAAGCAUGUGAUUGCGCUGUUCACGCGUGAGGAGCAGUUCUGCAUCGUGGCGGACAACGAGCAGGAGCUGCACGCGUGGCUCUCAGCCAUCCUAAAGCAGCACCGCGCCGACGACGCCAGCGCAGAGCUGCUGCAUCCUAUACAGCACGUGUGGCAAGUGCACGUCCAGAAGAAGGGUCUGGGCGCGUCGAAGAACAUCCAGGGUCUGUACAACCUGUGCCUCACGGACAAGACGCUCACGCUGGUCAAGAUCAAGAGCCACAACAACGUCAUCAGCGACCUCGGAAUACCGGAGCGCGUCGAGUACUCACUCAAGAAUAUUAGAAGAUGCGGCGACUCGGAGUGUUUCUUCUACAUGGAGGUGGGGCGGCAGACGUCCACCGGCGCCGGGGAGCUUUGGAUGCUCUCCGACGACUCCAACAUCGCGCAGAGCAUGCACUCCACCAUAUACCAUGCAAUGUGCAAUUGCACCAAAGAGACGGAACACGAGCGCGACCACAUCGUGAUGCCGAAGACCGCCACCGAGAUGUCGAACCCGCCGCCAGCGAGACGACAGACCUACUCGGACUCCGGCAAGGGCCGCUCCGGUCUCGCGAACGAGGGCAAGGGUCUAUGCAUGGGCGCGUGCAUUAGGCAGUGCGUGUGCACUACGGGCACCAUGUCGGUGGACGACUCGGCCGCGGCCAUCGCGCCCAUCACCGCGCCGCACGAACGCGACGCCGAAAACCAACCACCGAAUAACCCACUAACAGAGAGAACCGAAAACUCUCGCGUCGGUAAACACACGCGCACCGGGUCGCUGCCGGCCGGCUGUCCGCUAUUCCAAGAGCCGUUGAAGAUAGUCCAUGGGCGGACCUCCUCCGAGCCCCUGACUGGGGCCGAGAUAGACCGGCUGAUAGUCGAGAAGGCGACGAUGCAUUCAUCAUGCAAAGCGAUCAAUGGAAACGAUAUGCCGCCGAAGAAAACGCAAUGGUCUCGCCGCGCUAGCACCGGCACAAGAAUGUCCAAAUUGUCGCCGGCGCAUUCGAAGAACUCGAGCAGUAACCGCAGCCGCUGCGACAGCAUGCCGUCGCGCGCGUGCUCCUCCUUCGAAGUGGAGAGACCGCCGCCGCGGCAUACGGACUUGGAAGGUUUGGAGGUAUCCCGCGACGAAGCGGACGCUCUGGCCGAGUGGUACCGCACGCCGCGCAUACCCGAGGAGCCGGACAACAGUGACAUAUCAAAAGAUUUCAUGAAUAUCUCAAUCCGCCCCGGCGGGUCAGUUCAACACUCACGCACGUCCUCGCUGGGCCUGGACGACACCGUGGGUGAGAACCUAGUGCCGGACGGAUACUUGCCGAUGGCGCCGGGACACGACCCAUCCGGAGGGCUCAUAUACGCGUCCAGUGGCUCCGUGUGUAGCGGCACUCCUUCUACCGACCCUAGGUUCAGUGAGUACCAGCUGGAGCCGGCGACGUCGCACCUGGCGCCGGCGGCGGGCGCGGGCGCCGGCUCCCCGCGCGCCUACAGCGUGGGGUCGCGCCCCCCGCCGCGCGCGCCCGAGCCGCGCCACCGCGCCUACAGUGUCGGCGCACGGCACCGCCCGCCCGCGCACGCGCGCCACCCGCUGCCGCGCGCCUCCGCGGAGGACCUCAUGGAGCUCGACUUCUCCACCAACUCGCCCGCCGCUAAGGCAUCGAUAUCGCGCACCCCACCGGCCACGAGCUAUGCGGAGCGCGCCAAAGCCAACGUGGACGAGUACGUGGACAUGUCGCCGCGCAACGCGGGCUACGUGGAGAUGCGGCCCGGCGAGCCGCCGCCCUCGGCCCCCGCCACGCCGCACACGCCAGCCACGCCCGCCACCGACGGCUACGUGGAGAUGAGCUACGGUCGCGCCGCCACGCGACCGAUCGCCAUAGCCGGCGCGCGCGCACCUCCCCCCGCCGCCGCCUCCCCGGAGGAAGCCAAGCGGCGGCGUGGCACUCUACGCGAAACCCCCCACGGCUCGCAGACUAUAUUCCCGUUGUCGUUAGAGUCACCGGCUUCCCCUCCUGACGAGUUGCCGGAUGAACUCGAGGAAGAUCCUCCUCACCACGCGCUGUCGACAGUGCGCGAGAUAGCGGAGGAGACGCGGGAAGGCAGACGUAGCCCGGAGCCUCGCCGCGACGUGUCCAGCUCGCCGCAGUACGUGACGCUGGCGAGGCCGCGGGACGAGGAGCUGGCCUGCAAUCCCCUCGCCAACAAGACUAUUGCCAGAGUCGAGAUGGAAUGCAGGCCAUUAGAGAGCACAAGCGGCGCGCCCGUAGUAGUGGCGGGUGGCGGAGCGCCGGCGCGCUUUAGCGUAGGGGAGGAGAAGCGACUGUCGGCGAGUGGCGUGAGCGUGAGUGGCGUGAGCGUGAGCGGCGUGAGUGUGAGCGGCGUGAGCGUGAGUGGCGCGCUGCACUACGCGGCGCUGGACCUGGAGCCGCGGCGCGCGCCCGGCCCGCCCGCGCCGCGCGCCUACACGCAGAUAGACUUCCUGCGCAGCGAGCAGCUGCACGCAGACACCGCCUAGCCGCCGCCGCCGCCGCCGCCGCCGCCACCGGUAUACAACCAACCUCAUACAGCUCACCGAUCACAGAGAGGACGCUUUUAAAUGACUCCAAACAAUUACAUGUUCCUUUAAAUAUUUUCAAGCAAAAUUUAAAGAAACAUACAUUCUUCAAUCAUUUAAAAGUGGCUUUUUUGGAUCAUCUGUGUGCGUAAUAUACGCCACGAACGCACGCAUGCGUCAACACAAAAUAAAGCUACAAAUUGGCUUGUAUAUAGAUACAGUAAAUAAAGGUCCGAAACCGGUAUUUACUGUAUUCUAUUUCCAUAAGACGUGGUGGAAAGACUUUGUUUGAAUUAUAAUACGGGAUGUAAGUCCAGAGAGGACCGCUAGUGACGCGUUGAAUGAAUGGACUAAGGCUUGCCGAGUGGACGCCGCCUGGCGGCUCGUACUGUACGUCGCUUAACGUAAUAUAGUGCGAUUGUUAUUAAUUUUAUUGAACUUUUUUUUUUACUCCGGAACGGUUCAGCGAUAGUUCGCUGUAAUUUACUAUUCGGUGUUUGUGUGUUCUGUGAGAGACGCUCACUGGCGACGGUUCGGUCAUGGUGUUGAGUACAGACGGACUAUUAUAUGUUAAUGUAUAUGCCACGGUUGUGAGAGAGGCCUAACGUAGUACACGCACCAAUUUCCCGCUAAAAUACUGCCUAUUGUGUUCUGAUAAGCUCCAAAUUGGAGUGCAGUGCAAUUUUUUACUACACACACACACAAAUAUAUUACAUAUAUUUAUUUUUACAAAGUUAUCGUUUGUUGUAGUCCGGCACGUGACUGUAAACAGUUAUACAAAUAAAUCAAUUCCCAGUGUUUUUGUUUCCUAUACAUGGUGUUCGUAAAAAACUGAAUAGCUUAUUUAAAAAGUAAAUAAGGUGCCUGAAAGCAUUCAGAUAUUCAGUUAUAUUGAUAGAAAUUAGGACAUAAGACUAAUUAAUAAAUAGAAUAAAAUAUUUAAAUUUGUUAAAUAACCUUAUUAUCAGUAUUUCACGAACACUGUGUAAUAUAUCUACAAAAUAUAUAGAAAGUUUGUGAAAUGUUUGAGUGUUUUAUAUUAUACAAUCACGUUGUCGGAACCAAAUUGAAGGAAAAAUACAUUUGAGCAUGACAUUUACAAAAAUAUUACCACAAAAAUGAAAUUUUAAAAUAGUAGAAAUUAUUCCAUAUAAUUAUUUGUUAAAUAUUUAUUGAUUUUAAACGUUUAAUUAACGACGUGAUUCAAGUUUCAAAUGUAUUUUUCCAUAAACAAUGUGUUCAGAAAAUGAAAAUGUUAUUUUACAACUGUUCAAAUCCAAAUUAUUAUAAAUAUGUUGGAGAGUAUGUUUAGUAUGUUUAGAUGUCGGCUCGAUUACUCCGUUGGCCGACGUUUUGCUGUAGCGCGUUCCGUAUUGACUAUACCGGUUUAGUAGAAAACUUCCAAACAAAGUCCACUAAAAUAAUUUUAGAUAUUUUAAAAUAUUUUUCUACCAUUAUCUCACUUAAUAAGUCCGUAUUUUUAUCAAUUUAGUCGCAUACUUUUCUAGUUAUAAAGCCCAGCUGUUUGCCUGUUGUCAAAUCUACUUUAAAAUGUUUUUUUGUUGCCUUCUACUUACUUUGUUGAUAGGUUAGUUACUGUAAAAAUAUUAAUGCCCGUGAAGUUUUCUACGUAAAUUGAUAAUAUCGUGUAUUACGUAAAUAAAUUAGACUUACAAUAAUCUGUUGCUUGAUUAAAUAGUGUAUAUUUAUAGUCUUGUAGUGAAAUGAGUCAGCAAGUAAUUAUAUAUAAUAGCAAAAUAUUAUUGUUUAAUUUAAUAGAUUAUUUCUUACUCUAUUUGGCUACAAUUCUUGAAACCAGUGAUUGCACAAGCUAAAAUAGUCGAAAAACUGAGGUUUCUUCUUGCUGACUCAAUAAACAAUCUAAAAAAUAAUGUUCCAGAUUCCGACUCCGAAUCUAAUCGCCUUGUGUGUUCAAAAACCACUUACGGUGACAGCUUAAGGCAGUACACGACAUUAGGUUACUGACGUCACUUUCUUAAAUGUGCGAAGAUCAUUACCAUUGACUAUUCGAAGAUAGAAAUUGUACAAAAAUAUCUACCAUUUCCUCAAUUUUCAUCCAUCAUGUCAAGUCGGUACGACAUGUUCCCAUGUUGUAAUAUUGACUUGUUUGUUUGUUAAUGCCUCCCUACGACUGUUUUUGGUGUACUAGCCACCCAACCGCCAUAAAUAUGUCGUAAGAUGGUACACGGUGGCAUGCGUCCUCUGUGUUAGCACAAUGGGAAGCAGCAUUCCAUCGAUUUUACAUCAGGAGGCUACAGAAUGACACUAAUAAAUUAAUAUUGUUAAACCUAGAUGUUUAGGAAACCCAAAACUCAUUUCUGUUGUGACGUCAAUAACCAAAUGUAUUCAUCAUAAGUACACGUUGCCCAAGUCGCACGUGGUCGUUCACGGGACCUGCAUAAUGUCUGACUGAGUCAACACCAAAUUUUUAUAACUUUAUAUUUAUUGCCGAGGGCGACUGUGACGGAUGACUUGUCGAGUUUAGAUUGCGAAAUGUACUAGUUUAAUAUAUUAUAUAUGAAAACAUAUAAAGUUUAGCUGAGAGCUACUACUAGGGUUUUUACAGUUUUUUUUUGUGUAUAGUUGAUACAUACAAUUUAUAGUUAUAACCAUUGGUUAUUGGUAUUUUUCACAUAUUUGUACGUUGCCCUUUCGCUUCACUUCCGAGUAAUAUAUUUUCGUUAUCUAUGCGUCAAAAUUGUUUUUGUUCAGCGUCCCUCUCGCCCUGGCUUUUCAUUUGAAAUAACAAAAAGGGAACGAAGUCUUAAAAACAAUUCUCGUAAUGACUUUAAUCCUAGUUUUGUACCGUUUAUAUUUUGAGCUUUAAUGUAAUAUUGCACGAAGGAUUUUUGUUAAAUUCAUUAUUGUAAAUGUACUAUUAGGCAAAGUUUUUUGUUUUGUUUAUUGAUGGCGAGCAGAAAUUUCUUUUAUCUUCAUUAAUCACAGUGAUUAAAUUGUUAUUUCAGAGACAAUAGUUAAAUGUGAGAUAAUAGUAGGAUUUUGAGAAAAUAGUAGAAUUUUGUUACUAUGGUAGGUUUUAAGUGAUUUUGUCGGACGUAAAAUUAGUGAAAGAGAUUUCUGCUGAAUUUUUUUUUAGAUGUAAAAAUAUCCGAUUCGUUUAUUUUAAUGUUAUACGGACUCUUGACUCGUUAACUGGAUGGUAUUUUGUAGUAUAGUGAAAUUCGGCAUAGCCACUGUUUUACGUUUACGUUUUGUAUAUUGUUUUUUUUUUUUAGAUAAAUUCUCGCUCGACGAGUGAAUGGCAAUGACGGGUCUUAAUGAACGGGUUAUGCGCUUGUGGGGAGGAAGAGGAAAUGGAAAAAAUAUUUCAUUUAUAUAUUUCGUAUUAGAAGAACAUUACGUAAAAUUGAAUCAGUAAUAAAAUAUACAUAUUUACUGUGUUGUAUUGCCUGUUUCCGUAAAACGUGAAGGAAAUAAUGCUUAGGUUGCUGUUGUGAAAUUAUAAUUUGAUACAUAUAUAAUUAAAUACUUACAAAGUAUGAUGAUUUGUUUAUUUAACGUGGUGUUUUAAAAUGAAUGUUAUUAUUUUAUUAGGGCCCGUCAUACAUCCAUCUAGAUAAGCCAAUACUAUAGCUGUUGCCACCUCGCAAUUAUUUAGUUAUCAUAUUUAAGUGUAACAACGUGCUGACGUCCGUUUUUUUUGUCAUUAUGAGGUAUUCAUUUAAAAAAUGUUUGUUUUUGUAUUAUGCUGUUCAUAUUUCGAACUAAAAUCAAUUGUUAGUGAGAGUUUUUAAUUAUGAUUAUUCUGCCCCUAUCUACUCGCGUAAGGUAUAUUUACAAAAUAUUUUAAUUUUGAAUGUAAAUAUUUUUCGUGGUACGAAUUAUUGUUUCAUACUUUUCUUUAUUAUAUGUAUAUUUCAUAUUAAUGUUAUUCGGCUAUUUAAAUAGUAUAUAUAUUAAAUAAUAAAAGUGAGAUAAAAACGGACGCUGGCGCACGUAAUUAUUUUUAUUCCACUUAGUAUAAGAAGUGUUGAUUUUUCACAUGUAGGUAGUAAGCAUAGACGGGUACAGAAUAAUGGAUAGCGUAAGGAUUAACGUGUUAGACGGAUAAAACAACUUUUACAACGUGCUUACAUAAUGCAGUUAUUUUGACUAAUAUUUAUAAUUAGAAACAAAUUGUAUUAGAUUAUUCGACGGAGUCUGUAGUAUGACUGCAGCUUAAAGAAAAAUGUUUUAUAAACAAAUAGACGUUGAUACAUGUAGAUAAAUGAUUGUACACAGUGCAAUGUCACAAACGGUGGUUUACAAUGUAAGCAUGCUCUACGUACCGCGAGCACGUUGUAAAAGCUAUUUUCGGCUUCAUUUACAUUGGUGAGAUUACUGCACUACAUCGAAAGCUAGUGUGAAUGCGGCCUUAUUUUACUGUAUUUAUAACUUAGUGAAUAUACAAACAAAAAUUACCGAAACUCCGCGCGACCGCGGCGUCAUGACAAGACGUACGGAGUUAAGAAAUCUAUACUAGUCCCAUUGCAAGUUUAACAGAUUUAUUGCAUAAAAUGAAAUGUUCCUGUAACGGCAUAAAUAGCGAUUUUUAUAAGGUUAUAAAUGUAAGUUAAUGUAACGUAACGCGUAGGACACAGAGGGAGAGGCGCGCGGCUCGGUCAGCCCACACGUGUGGCACACGCGAGGUCCGACCGACCCCGCGCCGAGGGAGACGGCACGCUAUGCUGCCAGGGCUUGCGACGCGGCACCACCGUAAUAGCAAAUGUGAAAGAAAUUCUGUUGUGUUUGAUACGUGAAAUAUAAAGAGAAUAUUUUUUUACAAAUGGUGCUACUACCGUUCAUGUGUUUUAGUCGACGUUAGCUUGGCCGCUGUUACUGCCAUUAGAUAAUUGGAGUGAAGUUUACUAGGUGGCAGGUUUAGUGAGACCGCCUGGGUAGGUACCACCGCUUUGUCUAUUCUUGCCGCGAGCACCGCUCCGGCUGGAGGACAUCGUAGCCAGCGAAUGCUGGGCAGACUCGACAUCUAACGUCUCGUGACGAGCGCGGUGCAGGACGUGUCGUCGUGUGCGCGUGGCUCGUCACGUCGCUCGUCUCGUCCGCGUACAACGUACAGCGCCCAGCGGCUCGUGUCGGUUGGAUGCAAGGCGCUCGUGAGACGCGCGCCGCCAUAUCACACGGUACGUUAUGACGUCACUGCGCUAUAGUGUAAUGUAGCUUUUGUAAGGGGCGCCGCGCCCGCCGGCGGCGACACCUUCUCUAAAUUAAAUAAAUUUGGUACGUUACAUUUUGUUUACUUUCAUAUUAUAUUGUAAAUAAAAGAAUGGAAAUAAAAGCUUUGGAUUUGCGCAA